CUGCCCAGCUCGGCCGGGGUUUCUUCCGCGCCUUCAGUUCCGGCGUCGCAGGGUGUGAGUGAGCCACCCACCUCCUGGAGCAGAGAUGCGGAGUACUGGCACAGUCUGAUGAAUAUGCACAAAAACAAGAGUUCGAGUCCUGUGCUUUUUGAUGAACCGUAUGGAGGAGGGGAC